GGGCACAGCGCCCAGACCCCGGCGCACGCCGAGCCGCCGCCGCCGCCGCCGCUGCUGCAGUCGGCAUCCAUCAGCGGGCGGGGGUGUCGUGGAACAGGCUGCUCCGCAGAGCCCGGGGCUGCCCGGCGCGCCCGCCCCGCCCCGCGGCCUGCCACCCGCAGGAGCUGAGGGGCCGUCCCUCUCCCAGCCUGCCCGAGAUGGGGACCCCCAGGCCCAGGCCUUAUCUAGCAUCACAGCUGAUAUUCUCCAGUACAGGCUGACAAGAGACCCUGACCCAGGCAGACAAGUCUCAGUUGGACCUUACAAGGCUGGGAGCUCCCCUGGAGCAGCUCUUGUUGCUUUGUGUCCUGGCACAGGGUUGGCACUUGGUGUCAGCACAGAGUCAGCAUGUGGUGUCACGUACGUGACAGAUGGAUUUGGAGGAAGGCUCUGGACUCAGGGGCGUGCUGGGCGCCAUGACAACAGAGACAGGCCCUGAUUCUGAGGUGAAGAAGGCUCAGGAGGAGGCCCCGCAGCCGUCUGAGGCGGCGGCGGCUGCUGCUGCUGCUGCUGCUGCAACCCACCCUGUGACCCCCGCAGGCCACGGCCACCCAGAGGCCAACUCCAAUGAGAAGCAGCCGCCCCAGCAGGACACUCGGCCUGCUGAACAGAGCCUAGACAUGGAGGAGAAGGAUUACGGGGAGGCCGAUGGCCUGUCAGAGAGGACCACGCCCAGCAAGGCCCAGAAAUCGCCCCAGAAGAUCGCCAAGAAAUACAAGAGUGCCAUCUGCCGAGUCACUCUGCUCGAUGCCUCUGAGUAUGAGUGUGAAGUGGAGAAACAUGGCCGGGGCCAGGUGCUGUUUGAUCUGGUCUGCGAGCACCUCAACCUCCUGGAGAAGGACUACUUUGGCCUGACCUUCUGUGACGCUGACAGCCAGAAGAACUGGCUGGACCCCUCCAAGGAAAUCAAGAAGCAGAUCCGGAGCAGCCCCUGGAAUUUUGCCUUCACAGUCAAGUUCUACCCCCCGGACCCUGCUCAGCUGACAGAAGACAUAACGAGAUACUACCUGUGCCUGCAGCUGCGGGCGGACAUCAUCACAGGCCGGCUUCCCUGCUCCUUCGUCACGCAUGCCCUGCUGGGCUCCUACGCCGUGCAGGCUGAGCUGGGGGACUAUGACGCCGAGGAACACGUGGGCAACUAUGUCAGUGAGCUCCGCUUCGCCCCGAACCAGACCCGUGAGCUGGAAGAGAGGAUCAUGGAGCUGCACAAAACGUACAGGGGCAUGACCCCAGGAGAAGCAGAAAUCCACUUCCUAGAGAACGCCAAGAAACUUUCCAUGUAUGGAGUAGACCUGCACCAUGCCAAGGACUCUGAGGGCAUUGACAUUAUGUUAGGAGUCUGUGCCAACGGCCUGCUCAUUUACCGGGACCGCCUGAGGAUCAACCGCUUCGCCUGGCCCAAGAUUCUCAAGAUAUCUUACAAGAGGAGUAACUUUUACAUUAAGAUCCGGCCCGGGGAGUAUGAGCAGUUUGAGAGCACGAUUGGCUUUAAGCUCCCAAACCACCGGUCAGCCAAGAGACUGUGGAAGGUCUGCAUCGAGCACCACACGUUCUUCCGGCUGGUGUCCCCCGAGCCCCCACCCAAGGGCUUCCUGGUGAUGGGCUCCAAAUUCCGGUAUAGCGGGAGGACCCAGGCACAGACCCGCCAGGCCAGUGCCCUGAUCGACCGGCCCGCACCCUUCUUUGAGCGUUCCUCCAGCAAACGGUACACCAUGUCCCGCAGCCUUGAUGGAGCAGAGUUCUCCCGCCCAGCCUCUGUCAGUGAGAAUCACGACGCAGGACCGGAUGGUGACAAGCGGGAAGAUGAUGGCGAGUCGGGGGGACGGCGGUCAGAGGCCGAGGAGGGAGAGGUCAGGACCCCCACCAAGAUCAAGGAGCUAAAGCCGGAGCAAGAAACCACGCCGAGACACAAGCAGGAGUUCUUAGACAAGCCUGAGGACGUCUUACUGAAGCACCAGGCCAGCAUCAAUGAGCUCAAGAGGACCCUGAAAGAACCCAACAGCAAGCUGAUCCACCGGGAUCGAGACUGGGAGCGGGAGCGCAGGCUGCCAUCCUCGCCCGCCUCCCCCUCCCCCAAGGGCACCCCUGAGAAAGCCAAUGAGUCCCAGAGGACCCAGGACACCUCUCAGCGGGACUUGGCACCUGAGCCUGGGAUGGCCGCAGGCUUGGAAGUGUUCACUCAGAAAAGCCUCGCAGCGUCUCCUGAGGGUUCAGAGCAUUGGGUACUUAUUGAAAGAGAGUACACUAGGCCAGAAGAACUCAGACUUGUAAAAGUGGCCACCACGCAGCAGGAAGAAAGGGAGGCAGGCCUUGCAGAUAUCCUUGCCGAUGGCAGACUCUCCAAAGUAGAUGUGCUGGUGGACAAGUUCAAAGUGGAAGUGGCCACAGAAGAAAUGGUGGGAGCCAGAGGAGCAAAUACCCAGCAAAAAGGAAGAAUGAUUGCAAGCCCUGAAGACUUUGAGUCAGUGUGGGAGGAAGGCCCCUGGGUCAGGGAAGGCCCAGGAGGGGCUUCUCUGGCUGCAGAAUGCAUGCUGGCAGAAAAGCUUGAGAGCAGGAUGGGCGCUGGGGAGGCAACCAUCGGAGAGCCCCGGGUCUCAGGUGGUCAGCUGGAGGGCCAGACGGAGCUGACGAAGGAGCUGGAGGAGUUCCAGGCUUGUGGAAGACCCACUGUCCCGGGGACCAGGCCAGCAGAGGUGGAUGUCCCCUCUCCAGCCUCUGACAAAGGAGGACUCCAGUCGUUUCUGCUGGAUCCAGCCCACGUGGAAGCCAGAGCCGACUCCAGUGAUGAAACCGACACUUCCUUUGCAGAGAGAAGUUUCUAUUUAAACUACGGAGAGAAAGAUUUUGAAGACCAUAUCCUCCCUCCGCCACUGGAGGAGAGAGAAGAGCACCUGGAAGCCCCUCCAGGAGACGAGACCAGGCCGGAGCUCUCAGAGGAGUUGGCAGAGAGCUCUGAGCUGAAUCCCUCAGACCCGUGGGGCUCUCCUGCACCUUCUGACAGGAGCAAGGACCAAGACUGUGAAGCCCACACAGCUUCCUUGGAGGAGGGGGCCGGACCCCCCAGGAACCACAGAAGACUGGAUGAGCUGGAGGCCUUUGUCGAACAGCUCGGUAAGGGAUGUCCUCCAGGGCAGACAUUUGCUGAGGUCUGGGAAGAAGCUGGGUGGGGGGUGGAAGGAGAGUUUACCCACCCAGCAUCCACCAUCACCGCAGAGGAAGAGGCCCCCAGGAGUGGAGACUUGAUGAGAAAGGCUGAGAAAAGUCCCCCAGCAGGAUGGAAGAAGCACUCACCUCACAAACGAGAGGGUGUGUGCCGAGACCUCCCGGCCUACGCCGUUCCAUGGAAGCCAGCCAGACUGGACAGAGGUAAUUUCCUGUCCAAAGACAGGGGACUGGUUCACACCCAAAUAGGAGAACCUGUGACAGAGGACAGCAAGGUUCAAAUGACAUUUCUUCAGAUGGAGGUGAUCAACCCACCCCCAACCUCCCCUGGUCCCUUUCAUGCUCAGGCACCUCCAGAGGAAGCUUCUCCACGCACAGCCCCUUGUGGGUCAUGGGAGCCUUUGCAGCUCAGUGACCCUUUUGGAGAAGAAUCCCCUAUGUUUCUCAAACUUGUCCAUCCUCCUAAAGAAUGCCCAGAUCCUAAGGACCAAGUCGAGCCGGUCGUGACUCUGGACGGAGGUGAGCGCAGGGCACCUCCUGUCACCAGCAGAAAGCCCAGAGUUGUCCUCGAAGAAGUUGAGGGGGGUGUACCCCUGGGUUUGGGGUUCCCUUCAGGGAAGCAAAAGGAGAUGAACCAUUUCCAGGCUGGGAGCCAAGAGGGCUCCCUGGAAGAUAUUAGCAAGACCUCAGUGGCCAACAAAAUUCGGAUCUUUGAGACUCAAGGAGCUGAAACUUGCCGAGUGAGUCAGGGUGAAACAAGGGUCCUUCCAAAUGAGUUGUCUUCAGAGGCCUCCCUGGGGCAGGUAGAGCUACAGCGGAAUAAGCUUUUAGACCUGGGCUUCGUCCACCUCCAGCCCCUGGGCGACAUUGCCAGCCCUCAGGCCACCGAUUUCUCAGUGAUGCCGCCUGCUACCAGACACUUCCGGGAGGGCAUUUCUACCACAUCCCACCAUGAAGGACGCAUGGAACUCGAACUUGUGUCCCCAGAUUCAGGCUGUGAAACUACGCUGGAGGAAGCUACUGGGGGAACUGGCCACAACAAAUCCGGAGAUGCGGUCAGGGAAGAGAAGCACGUCACCAGUUUAGCAGCGAACCCCCCUGGGAAAGGGGGGCGCCUGAGAUUCGCCAGCCCCUCAGGCCCGCAGAGAGCAGGGCUGAGGGAGGGCUUGGAAGAGAAAGUCAAACCACCACGUCCCAGAGCCCCAGAGAGUGACACAGGCGACGAGGAGCAGGACCAGGAGAGGGACGCGGUGUUCCUGAAGGACAACCACCUGGCGAUUGAGCGUAAGUGCUCCAGCAUCACGGUCAGCUCCACGUCCAGCCUGGAGGCGGAGGUUGACUUCACCGUCAUUGGGGACUACCACGGCAGCGCCUUUGAAGACUUCUCCCGCAGUCUGCCUGAGCUGGACCGAGACAAGAGCGACUCAGAAACCGAGGGCCUGGUGUUCUCCCGGGACCUCAGCAAGAGGGGCCCCAGCCAGGAUGACGAGUCCGGGGGCAUCGAGGACAGCCCGGAUCGAGGGGCCUGCUCCACCCCGGAUAUGCCCCAGUUUGAGCCCGUGAAAACGGAAACCAUGACUGUCAGCAGCCUGGCCAUCAGGAAGAAGAUCGAGCCAGAGGCUGUACUGCAGACCAGAGUCACCACUGUGGAUACCCAGCAGGUUGAUGGCACUGCCCCAAUGGGGAAAGAGUUCAUAACAACUGCUCCCUCCAUCACCACGGAGACCAUAUCCACCACCAUGGAGAACAGUCUCAAGUCCGGGAAGGGGGCAGCUGCCAUGAUCCCAGGCCCACAGACGGUGGCCACGGAAAUCCGUUCUCUUUCUCCGAUCAUCGGGAAAGAUGUCCUCACCAGCACCUACGGCGCCACUGCGGAAACCCUCUCCACCUCCACCACCACCCAUGUUACCAAAACUGUGAAAGGAGGGUUUUCUGAGACGAGGAUCGAGAAGCGCAUCAUUAUUACCGGGGAUGAAGAUGUUGAUCAAGACCAGGCCCUGGCUUUGGCCAUCAAGGAGGCCAAACUGCAGCAUCCUGACAUGCUGGUAACCAAAGCUGUCGUAUACAGAGAAACAGACCCAUCCCCGGAGGAGAGGGACAAGAAGUCACAGGACUCCUGACCUCUGUGAAGAGAUGCUAGCGUUUCUGGUCCAACCCAAGCCAGAGAACCGUUAAGAAGGGGCCUUCAUUCUGGAUUCUCCGACUCAACACCAACAUCCCAGCUGCGACGUACUGUCACUGAUGAGAGACUGGGAAAGAAGAAGCAUAUAUAUAUAUAGAUAUAUAGAGAUAUAGAUAUAUAUACAGGAAACACUGCGUCCUUGCACUGCUGCCGGGGCUGGCCGAGCAGUCGACCAAACAGCAACAACCAACAUCUGAACACCUACAUUUCCUUUGCAGACAAAUUGAAGAAUUGGUGGGAUUUUUCAGGAAAAAUCAUUAUAAUGACAAUAAUCCAUUGCUCCCCCUUCGAAGCCCAACGAAACGGCAAAAGCAAGCCAGACCGCGAUGAUUGUAGAAGUACAGUAUGACCCUGGUUCUGCACAUUACAUCUGGUGGGUGGACAUUCCAUUUGUUCUUCUCCAGCAUCUGUUGCCCACUCAAGUGCAAAGGAAAAAACCCUUUUGCAGCAAAGCAAGAUAAGUUGCAGCAGCAAGACACGCACCGUCAACCGUUUUCCGAGAAAGAAAGUGAAUUCCCUACUUGGAAAGGAGGAGGAGGAACACUGGACAAUUAUUUUUUGGGUCUUGACACUGGGCUGCAAAAUCCACUUUCCUUUCUUCCACCUCCCCUCCCCCCCACUCAGAAGUCUUGUCAUUUCUGUCUCGGCUCUCUCCUCCCUCUCUCCCGACCCUGCACCCCACGCCCUCUGUAGCCUGGUCCUGCUGAGGGCCACGCAGAUGACUCUCAUUUGAAACAAGAAAAAGACAAGAAAGCAAGAACAGAAAACCAAGCCACAGGAAGGCAAGUUCUGGGUUCUCAUUAUGAAAGUGCAGCUUGUAGGAGAUUUGUAUGGAUGUGCUUUUAAGUUAUGUAUAUUACAUAUAACGGGAAACAAAUAUUAAAAUAAACAGUGCUGGUAAGUAUGAAGCUGACAUUUUAAAAUUAUAAUUAUCUGUGAUUGAUGUAUCCCAAGGUUCCUAGAUCUCACUGAGCCGGCCCAGCCAAGGAGACCUAGCCUCUGGCUGUGAGUUGCUCACAGUAGGAGCUGACGGUUCAGUGUAGUAAUACAGUGUGUGGUGUUUGUCCUUGGUUGAUCGGUGAGGAGGAGUGGGGUCCCCAAAUGGAGAGGCAGGGGUUUGGCAAGAAGGAAGCAACAUAGAUGUAGUCGAAGAUGCCUUUUCCGCCUGGGCAGUAGCAACCAGGGCCUGGUCUGUGCUCAGGUGUGGGGUCCAGAGUUAGGAUUUUGCUGCAGAGGUCCCCUGGCUCAAUCCCCUACCUCCCUAGGGGGCUUGCCUCAGUUUUCAGUCGUCUGUUUUGUUUGCCACAUGUCUUGCCUUUCCCUGACCAAAUUGUGACAGCGUACUCCCCAUCCCAAGGGAGGUGAUGCUCCGGCCACUGUAACGGAUGGUGGCUUUAACCUGGAUGUCUGAAAAUCCCCAGCUCUUUUCCUUUACCACGCCUGUAUUCUGUCUGAAUCAUUCUCUUCUUCCUGGGCCAAAGCAGCCACGGUAGAGACCGUGAACACAGGGUAAACCCUAACAGGUCAAAAGUGUAUUCCCGAAGGCUUUACCUCCCCUAGAACAAGCUGUGGAUGAAAGGUGGUGCUGCUCAAGUCUCUAUCGAUGUAGAAGACCCUGGCUUUGGAGACCUCCCCUUCAGUCAGCCUCUGAGCUCGGAGUCUGUGCCCUCAGAGUCCCAGAAAUUGCCUCGAGACCACAGAAACCCUUGGAAACACCCUAUGAAAAGCUUGGCAUUGAUCUCGGGCACACAGGGGCUUUCCCAGGCUUUCCUGCCACAGGCUGCUUCCCUGAGCUCAGUGAGUCUCCUGUGAGCAAGGAUGUCCCCACUGCAUUUUAAUUUCUCAGUCCCAUCUCACCUCCCCAGUCCUGCUUCUAAAGCAGUCAAUAAAGUCAUUCAACAACUACUGAGUACCUACUGAUGCCAGGCACUCUUCUUGGACUAAAGGAGAGAGUGGGGGGGCGGGGGAGGGAGGGCCCUGGGAAGCCCCUGAGCAAGCGUUAUAUCUCCAACCAUGGCUGCCCCCUCUGAGCGCAUCUCCACAUUCUCUCCCGAUUCUGGGACUUUGCCCAGGGAUGUCCUCUAGAGGGCGCAGGCUUGCUGAUCAGUAACCCCGAGGCUCUGCAUGCUUAGCUGUUUAGCUGGUGCUCACCUGAGGCAGGACAAGGAUAGUAUGCGUCUGUGGGCCACAUGGGAUGGAGAGGGCAGAGAGCCCUGAACCUGGGCAUCAGAUGGCAGAGUCUCCGCAUCCCCCACCCCCACCCCCACCGCUACCCGCAGCAGGUCGGUCGUCCUCUCCAACUCCCCCCCAAAUGUGACAGCACACUUUCUAUGCAGCAGGUUCUUUUUACAAUCCUGGUAAAGAAGCCACAGAACCUCCUUCUUGCCCUUCUCAACCUGAGAGCUUCCACUCUUUCUGGGUCAAGAGCCGGAGUGGCUUCACCCUCUCUGGGCUACCCAGAAUUUGGCUCAGGCACCCCUGUCUUUGCUGGAACCAGGCAUCUGAACACACUGGACAUCCUUCAGAGGGAGAAUAUUUUUUUCUGGGUUCUACACCUGCCUGCAGACCCGGGGUGUGUGGCUUCAGUGCAGGGAUGAAGUGACCCGGCAUAGCUCGUGGGCCAGCCAGGGUUGGUGGCAAUCUCCGUCCCACAGAUGUUCUGACUUUCCUUCCAUGGAGAGGCAGGCAGCGCCACCAGGGAGGAGGGGAGCUGCAAAACUGAAAUCUAGGACACUGUUUCUCCCCAUCCUCCUCUUCAUGGAAUAUAGACAUUUGUCUUGUCUGUCUUCAACCUACUUUUCUUUUUUAUAUUUCUCAUCCUUUCUGUGCUGCCUUUCCACCCAGGAGCCCAUGUAGCAUAGUGGAAAAAGUCCCAGAGGGCAGUCAGGAGUUCUGGGCGGCCAUUCUGGCUUAGCCCCUAACUCACCCUGUGACAUUGAGCUAGUCCUGUGCCUCAUCUGGGGCCUCUGUUUCCCCACUUGUGAAAUGAAGAAGAUAAACCAGAUGCUCUCCAGGGUCUUUUCCCCCCUCUGCCAUCCUACAGAUUUUCAUUUUAUUUUGCUUUCUCAGAAUCUUUUCAAUCUGAGGGUACAGGAAGUGCCAGGACCUGUCUCAGUUUUUGAAUCCUGCAAGCACAUUCCAAGACUGGCCUGAAAUUGCAUGAGCAACAUCACUCCAAUUUUUUUUUUUUCCAAAAGCUCCUUACCAACCAACUGAGAUGCUGUCCUGUUCCUUUUUAUUCACACCCCUCUCUCCUCUCUGGUCCCCGCGCUCCCCCACCUCAGUGCUCCGUGCUGUAUGCGUGUGCUCUCUGUUCUUGUAUACUCAAUAAAAGUGAAAUAAAUGUGUUUGAUGCUGAACCACAA